AUGAAAGCUUUCGUAUCGUCCGUGCUGUUUCUUGUCGCCCUUCAUUUGGUCUCAGCCACCGGCCGAGCGGGAGGGCGGUUCGGGCCGGUGCCGAUAGAGGAGUACGGGCUGUCGUUCGUGUACUACCAGCGACAUUGCCCCCAGUUCGAGGCGGUCGUAAGCAGGAAAGUGAAGGAAUGGGUUAAGAAGGACUAUACUUUGGCAUCUGCCCUAAUGAGGUUGCAUUUCCACGACUGCGCCGUCAGGGGAUGCGACGCAUCGAUACUAUUGAAUCACAUGGGGAGCGAGAGGAGCGCCGAGGUGAGCAAGACUCUCAGGGGGUUUGAGAUAAUCGACGACAUAAAGGCGGAGCUCGAGAAGAGCUGCCCGAAGACGGCGUCGUGCGCCGACAUCCUGACUGCGGCCGCGAGGGACGCCACCGUGUCUGCCGGCGGGCCGUUCUGGAUGGUGCCGUACGGGCGCAAGGACGGGAGAGUCUCCCUGGCCAAGGAGGCCAACAAGGUACCGAAUGGCCACGAGAACAUCACGUCUCUCCUUGAGCUCUUCCAAUCCCAAGGAUUGAAUGUCCUUGACUUGGUUGUUCUCUCAGGCGCGCACACGAUAGGGCGAAGCACCUGCGGGCCCGUCCAACCGCGGCUCUACAACUACAACUCCACCGGAAAGCCCGACCCGAGCCUCAACCCGCAGUACGCGAACUACCUGAAGCGGAAGUGCCGGUGGGCGUCGGAGUACGCGGACCUCGACGGGACGACGCCGAGAACCUUCGACAACGUGUACUACAAGAACCUGCAGAGGAAGAUGGGCCUCCUCUCCACCGACCAGUACCUCUACUCCGACUCCCGGACCGGGCCGCUCGUGGCGGCGCUCGCCACCCAGCCCCAAGUCUUCGACUACCAGUUCGCCGUCUCCAUGGCCAAGCUCGGCAACGUCCAGGUGCUCACCGGCGGCGAAGGCGAGGUCCGCACCAACUGCAACGCCGUCAAUCGCUACUGAUUAUUUUUCCCGGUCUAUUCGAAUUUGUCUGUUCUCUUUUGUCUUUCCCCCCCUCGAAAGCGCCGAUAUUUUUUCCUUUACGACUGUUGCUUGAGAAGAA